AAGGGGCGUGGCUUUUGAGUCGGGUACAGGAAAAGAAAGCAGGAGAUCUCAAAACAAAACGAUGGCUGCCAUCCGUAAGAAGCUGGUGAUCGUGGGAGACGGCGCCUGCGGGAAGACGUGCCUGCUCAUCGUCUUCAGUAAAGACCAGUUUCCUGAGGUUUACGUCCCCACCGUGUUCGAGAAUUACGUGGCGGACAUCGAGGUGGACAGUAAACAGGUGGAACUGGCACUCUGGGACACAGCGGGACAGGAAGACUACGACAGACUGAGGCCGCUGUCCUACCCCGACACAGACGUCAUCCUCAUGUGCUUCUCCAUAGACAGUCCUGACAGUCUCGAGAACAUUCCAGAGAAAUGGACACCGGAGGUGAAGCACUUCUGUCCAAACGUCCCAAUAAUUCUGGUGGGAAACAAGAAGGACCUUCGGAACGACGAGCACACACGGCGGGAGCUCGCCAAAAUGAAACAGGAGCCCGUUAAGGCCGAAGAGGGGCGAGACAUGGCCAAUCGCAUCAGUGCCUCCGGCUACCUGGAAUGCUCGGCCAAAACUAAAGACGGCGUGAGGGAAGUGUUCGAGAUGGCCACCAGGGCGGCGCUGCAGGCCAAGAAGCGGAGUAAGAAGACCAUCUGCGCUCUCCUAUAGAGGGGGGCGGAGCGCCGAGGGAGCGGGCGAGGGAGGGAGGGAAACCAAAACCUACCACAGAGAAACAGAUAAAUGAUUGAGUGAGGGGUGGAGGGAGAGGACCAGAGCGCCCCCUGGUGUGGGGCAUGAGCACCCGGAGGUCAGGUCACUUACAAAAGCGGGUACAAAUGCCCCAGAGAGUGUUUGGGAAACGAUGAAAUGGGUUUAGUUAAUCUCCUCACGUGACGUUUAUCAGUCCCGGCGCGGACUCAGCCGUUUUCUUUCCGAUGGUCACCAGUGUGUUGGUGCUUCCAUUAGUUUAUGGACUUGUUUCAAGAGGAGCAGGAAGGUGAUACCAGCCAAUCAUGGGCUACUCAAUCCACCACAGUACUGCUCUGAAUAGUACGUUCAAUUAAUACAUCACUAACGCUGUUAGCUCGCUAAUUAUUUACUCUCCCGCUACGCUCUUCCACGGUUACCGUGACAUCUGGCCACUGCCUCAUGGCGUGUCUCGAAACGUGCUGCCAUGCUAAACUUCUAGAAUCCACACCGCUGCUCUAGAAUCCUCGUAGGAGUCUAGAAUCCCCAGUGCAGUCCACUCCACCGCGAGUAUUCUAGAUUCUAGAGCCGCCAUUUGCAUUAACAGCCCUAGAACCAGAUUCCAAACGCUGCUCUAGAAUCCCUAGUGCAGUCCACUCCACAGCAAGGCUUCUAGAGCCGCCACGUGGAUUCUAGAACAUUUAUUUACACUGCACAGGAAAUCUACAACUGCAUAAAGCUUCUAGAGCCUCUGUGCUAAGGAUUCCAGAUCUGCAGUGCUGGUUCCAGUUACCGGGAGGAUUCCAAAGCCGCCAUUCGCAUUACCAGCUCUAGAAUCCCCAGUGUAGUCCACUCCACCGUGAGUAUUCUAGAACCGCAGUGAGGGCUCUAGAACAUUUAUUUACACAGCAUAAGAAAUCUACAACUGCAUUAAGAUUCUAGAGCCUCUGUGUAAAGGAUUCCAGACAUGCAGUGCUGGUUCCAGUUACCAGGAGGAUUCCAGAGCCUCCAUUUGCAUUAACAGCUCUAGAACUCUAGAACGCAGUCCACUCCUCCGUGAGUAUUCUAGAACCGCAGUGAGGGCUAUAGAACAUUUAUUUACACAGCUAAAGCUUCUAGAGCCUCUGUGCUAAGGAUUCCAGAUCUGCAGUGCUGGUUCCAGUUACCGGGAGGAUUCCAAAGCCGCCAUUCGCAUUACCAGCUCUAGAAUCCCCAGUGCAGUCCACUCCACCGCGAGUACUCUAGAGCCGCCACAUGGAUUCUUAAACAUUUAUUUAUGCUGCGUUGGAAAUCUAAGACUGCAUAAAGAUUCUAGAUCCUCUGUGCUAGGAAUUCCAAACCUGCAGUCCUGGUUCUAGAUACCGGGAGGAUUUUAGAGCAGCGUUUGGAUUAACGUCUCUAGAGCCAGAGUCCAAAUGCUGCUCUAAAAUUCCCAGUGCAGUGCACUUCACCGCCACCAUGUGGAUUCUAAAACAUUUAUUUACGCUACAUAGGAAAUCUACAACUGCAUAAAGAUUCUAGAUCUCCGCUAAAGAUUCUAGAGCCUCUGUGCUAAGGAUUCCUGACCUGCAGUGCUGGUUCUAGAUACCGUGAGGAUUCUAGAGCUGCCGUUUGCAUUAGCAGCUCUAGAACCUGAGUUCAGUUUCUGGAACCUUUGCACAGAGGGUCUCAGAGCUGCAUUGAAAGUUCUAGAACGUGCUCUCGGCCGUCCUUGUUUUUUACUCUCUGGCUCAUGUACCGUCAUCUUCAUGGUUUUAAACCUCAGUCGAUCCCAGUCUGACCCGCGUCAUGGGCUGCUCAAUCCACCACAGUACUGCCCUGAAUAGUACGUUCGAUUAAUACUCCACUAACGCUGUUAGCUCGCUAAUUAUUUACACAGCCGCCGAGCUCUUCCAUGGUUACCAUGACAACUGCCCACUGCUCUAUGGCGUGUCUCGAAACGUGCUACCGCGCUAAACUUUACGCGGCGGUUCUAGUAUCCACACCGCUGCUCUAGAAUCAAUCGAUCGCAGUUUUUAGUCCCAGUCUGACCCGAGUCUGAUCGGAUGAGCCGAGACUGUUAGCGCUGAAUGUUAACGGGGUCUCGGUCAGCAGUAAUGACACCGAUCUGGUUCAUGUACCACAUUGUCAUAUUAUCGAGCAGUCAGGUUAGUCCUAGUCUUUAGGGUUUUAGACCUCGUUUAGUCCCAGUCCGAGUCCCAGUUUUACUUCUCCAUUUCUUCCAGUUUUGUCCGUUUAUAAUCGGGUCACUCGGUUUGGCAGUACUGACCCCGAAUCGUCACGGUUAUGCUUUUGUUUAUGUGCGUCCAGUCUUUAGAGUAGGCGUGUCCACUCUUAUCCACCAGGGGUCGCUGUGGCUGUUGUUUUUUUGAGUUGUAUCGAGUUGUACGAGGCGAAGCUUCUGCCCGUCGCUAUGACGUCCUGCAGCCACGCCCGCCCUCCGUGAAUAGGAGUGGACAGCGGCGGUAACGAUACUAACUCCUCACGUUUUCAGGUGGCUCCGGGCGUGUCCACGCUGGAUCACUGCUCAGUUUUAUACGUGUACGUGUGUUUUUAUUCCACUUGUUUUGAUUUUCGUGCUUUUCCGUGUCCUCUAACGGCUCUGUAACGUUUGCUGGCUUCUUACCUGUCGCUCUUUUAUUAUUAUUAUUAUUAUUAUUAUUAUUAUUAUUAGGAUUUGAGGUGAAAUAAGGACGUUUUGAAUCAGGAUGUGAUUUUGUGUUUAUUGUUUAUUGGCAUUAUGAGACCGGAGUGUAAACAGACGUCUGAUGGAGCAGGAAUUCUGUAUUUUGGAAACAGACGCAUCUUUUAAUGAACCUCUUCUAAAUAAAUAUGUUCUUAUAUACAGCAA